GCUGCCAUCGCAUUGCAUCUACCCGACUAUCAAUUUCAAGGUGCCCUACUAGUCACAGUUCUUCUUCUCUUACUCGUCCAUUGUCAACUUCAUUCUUUCAUCCCGCCAUCUUCAUAUCUCUCAACCCACCCUCCUCCGCCAUUGGUUCGAUCUCACCGCCGCUGUUCGCUCCUGCCGCUGUCAAUACUCUCGCCAUUGCUUCUUCUCUGCCAGCCUUCAUCCAAACACCUCCUCACCUCAUCUCAAUCUUACCUUACCCAACCUUGCUCCUCUACCUUACGGAUACCAAUUACAUAGCAUACGACGACGGGUACCUUACCUCAUACUUUGGGUCCAGACAUCGGCCUCCCUGUUCCCCUUGUACGAUCCCAGGUCAACAACACGUCUUCUAUCAACAAGGCAUCAACAAGCAGGCAUCAAGCAAUUCGAGCAGCAUUGACAGCACAGAGCCACAGUACAGGGCCUCGCCCAUUGCCGCAUCCUCUUUUCGACCUCGCUUGGUCGUCACAAUCUCUACAUCAACACACGUUUCCCCAUUUUCAGUCCUUGUUCCUCAUCCAACUGGGAAUCUGUGCCCGAAUCCGUCAUUCAAACCCAUCCAAGGUUCUCGACGAAGCGAAGACAGGCGAGAUCAAAAGUUUCCACUGGACCACUGCAGCAACGCAACUCCUUGACUACCGAGCUUUCCCACCCGGUAGCUUCUACUCCACCUAGCACUGCAGUGACAGAGCAAGAUUGAAAGAGGUCGAGGCCCGCCCCUAUCUACCGCAGUACAGCAAAAUACCCUCGUCCGCCACGCCAGCUCGGCCAAUCUCGCUAUCCAAUCGUCGCCCCCGUUGCGCUGCAACCCUGAUUCAACGGCCCCCUACCAGACCCAGACCGCAGACCCAGAGAGGAGUUCCUUCAAGUCCCCAGCCCACGCAAUCCGACUACCCUUACUGGCAGUCUGCCACUACGGAGCACCAACUUGAUCUCCUGCUUAGGUUCCUGAACCUGGAUCCCCCCCGACCCCCGAACUUUCAAUUCUCUCCGGGCCGCCCUCUAAUCGCUGCACUUUGUGGCCAUCUGCCCGGUCCAGUCACUCUCUUGCUGAGCCUGUGCCUGUGCCUGCACAACAACAAACACGCACACCUUCGGGCUGUCAAUAAUGACCCUCUUUCCACUCUACUCAUGACAGCCAUUUUUUUGCUACAAAUCUGCUUCAUCUCUGCUUGCUCACGCACUCUCUUAUAUGACCACCAGAGACACUUGAAUUCCUACAAGGCUGUCGUUGCCAAAAGAACGAAUCACGCUCACUCCUCCGCCGUCUGGAGACAGCGGCAUACUCGGCGACCCAUCACCGCCUCUCCCUCGCAUUCUUCACCUAGACGCCGUCGAGCAUAUACCACCGCCGCCGAUUGCCAAUCCUUGCACGAGGCGUCCACCGCGCACUUUGCUCGCGCUGAGAUGCAGAGCACUCACGAGAUCAUACGCCGUCGUGCCUCUGUGGUUGAGCGUCCGCCGGCGGACCCCCCGGCCACCACGACCACCACGGCUUUUACACCACAACCCGCCGUCACCCCGAGAUCUUCAUAUUUCAAGCCUUCAGAAGCCCAAAUCGAGACUCUGAUCGGAGAGAUGGAGACCCCAGAGGCUGUGACGCCUCCUCCGCCUACUCCCUCAACCCAAGAACGUUUCUCGCGCGCGUCACGUUCAGAGUCGAACGCAUCGCGUAACACGAACCGACUCUCACUCACCCUUCCUAUUGCACCACCAACCAGCGAUCCUUCUCGCCCAGCUUCCGUCGCGACGACAUCGUACCCCCCGACGCCUGUCGACAGCUCGACCAUCACAUCACCUUCAGACCCCAAUGACUUCAUCAUUGCGAUAGCAGCGCAGGAGCGACGUGUCUUGGAGAUUCGCGAAGAACUAGCUCGCGCGGAGGGUGAACUGACGAGACUGAAGCAGCAGUGGACUAUCCAAGGCGGUCAACGAAAGAGAGAGAUUCGCAAUGAGCCAAUGCGUCCAUUGGCGCCUCAAUUUGAGCCAUCCUUAUUGGACGAUGACGAGGCAGGCUUAAAGAGGAGUGUCGAACUGGAUCGGAGGAAAUCGCUUUUGAGAGAUUUGCAGGGACAAACCGGACCCAGGGAAUAUAGACGAAGAGUCCUCCGUGGCGGGCACACGAGGACGCUAUCGUUGCUGUCACCAACCAAGCCGGAGGGUUUCGCUGUGCAUGAGGAUACCGCCAGUCUGAAAUCGCCAGAAAUCCGGUCACCGCCCAUGCUGUCUCAUGCUGCUCUUUCCAAGAGAGCAUCCUGGCAGCCGCGCUCAUACAAUACAGCCGUUCCCCCUGUCGCAAAGCAAAUGGCACAGGACUUUAAGCUAGGUCUGUGGAGCUUCGUGGAGGAUAUCAGACAAGCUACUGUCGGCGAUGAGCCCAUCAAUGGUGGACGUUCAGGCUCGACGGACCCUCAUGGCAGGAGAUCGUAUGCUGGAGACCAGGACACCAUCAAGGCCAACAGCUCUUCUCGUACCAGGGUCCCGGUGAACUCUGCCUUUGACUUGCCGCCUAUGGACACGCCUAGCAAGCCGUCUAAAGCGUUGCAAGAAAGACCGAACCCUAAGCCCGCAACCAAGUCCACAACGACGAAGGCCAAGCACUUCUCAUGGACUCCGUUGACUUUCGACUCCUUCGAUGAUAACGACUGGUCUAACUGGGACUCACCCCAGCCGUCCUCUGCCAAACCAGCACGCUGGAGUGGAUCGACCGUUGGUGGAGCAGAGGACCUUGCGUCAAUGGCCGAGACCAACGACGAGAAUGUGACUCCACUUAAGAAGAAGUCGUCGAUCACCAUUGACACAUCCGCUGCUCGGCCCGAGCCUCGACCUGAGUCAGCCCUCUUAUCUCCCGCUAGGCUGGAGGAGCUUCUGCCAACCGUCGUCAAUAAGCUGUCGCCUGGCAAUCUGAAGCGAACAGCCAACAACCUCAUGGACGAAUGGGAGAAGAGCCUCAAGGAGACUGACCAAGAGGAGCAGCUCAUCGACUUCAAGGAGACCACGGCUUGAGCUACGUUUACGAGUCACAAUCAUCAUGACGAAAACACACAAGAAUCGGCAUGCUAGCAUUGCAACGAAAAUGCCGAUGCUGCACAUACACGACCUGAUUGCAUUGAUUACAGUAUAGAUAAAAGUACAAAAAACUGGACCGAACUGCACAAAGCGGCCAGAUGAGAUGAGCGGACAGGUUUUCUCCGCUGAACAUAGAAUAUCCGCUGGAGGCCAGAGCAGAGCACCGGGAGAGUUGAGGAGAGGAAGAGAGCAGCGAGGAUGCUGUUUAGAUAUCGGCAAGUCAAGAAGGACUUGCAUGGAUAAUCAGAGCUGCCGUGAAAGGAGCUCAUAUCGGCGUAUGUCUGGGUGCGCGGUCUGGCAGUCAUUUCAUGAUGAUGAAUGACCUGUUGGAUAUUGGCAAUGGCAUAAUGACGAUACUAAUGAAUGUACGAACGUAAAGUUUUCGUGCUUUGGGAUGGGAUCAAAACAUUGGCGUACGAUACUGUUGGACCUUGUCGCUAGGGAACUCUCAGGCAUUGUCUACUUGCCACAUGGUGACAAUACGGGAGUUGCAGCUUCAGGGAUGACUUGCUU